AUGAGGGAGUCCAGAACUGUCUCAACUCCACUGGGACAGCAGUUUCAGCUUUGUGCUAGUCAAGGGCCGAAGAGUGAUGCAGAGGUGGAUGAAAUGAAGAACAUUCCAUAUGCCAAUAUUAUUGGGAGUGUAAUGUAUGUGAUGAUCUGCACCAGACCAGACCUUGCUCAUGCUGUAAGUGUUACCAGCAGAUAUAUGAGCAACCCGGGGAAGAGCCACUGGCAGGCACUGAAAUGGAUGCUGAGGUAUUUGAAAGGGAGCUCGGAAUAUGGGAUAUCGUACAAGGGUUUCAGAGAUCAGACUAAAGAGGUUUUGGAAGGAUUCUGUGAUUCAGAUUAUGCUUCUAACAAAGACAAUAGAAAGUCUCAAACCGGGUACAUAUUUACUAUGUAUGGUUCUGCUGUGUCUUGGAAGUCCAACCUACAAUCUGUGGUGGCGUUGUCUACUACGGAGGCCGAGUACAUAGCUCUUACAGAUGCAGUAAAUGAGAGCUUUUGGAUCAGAGGAAUGAUGGAAGAUCUUGGUGAGAAGCAAGGGAAAGUGGCUGUGAAUUGUGACAGCAGCAGUGCAAUCUGCCUGUCCAAACAUCAAACAUUCCAUGAACGUAGCAAGCACAUAGAUGUGCGAUUGCAUUUCAUUCGAGAUGAAGUCAAGAAGGGAAUGAUAGAAGUGAGGAAGAUAGCUACUGAGCAUAACCCGGCAGAUGCUUUAACCAAGGUGAUACCAGCGUCUAAGUUUGCUUACUGCAUGGAGUUGAUGAAUGUGCUGAGAAGAUGA